UCCAGAACCAUGGGAACAGGGCUGCGCAGCCAGUCCUUGCGAGGACCCCGGCGGCACUCCUACGGGAAGCUCCAGGAGCCCUGGGGAAGACCCCUCAAGGGCCAGCUCCGCCGGGCAGUGAGCCUCGGACCAGGGCGGGAGAAAUCCACGUCCCAAGGCCUUGACGGAGGGACAGACGUGCAGAAAGUCCCUGCUCAGAAGAGCCAACCUGCGGGGAGCGGGGAGGACACGGAGCAGCUCUCGGAGCAGCUCACGGAGCAGCUGAUCCAAACCCCGCCAAGAGGCUGCCGGUGGUGGCUGAGGCGAUGCCAUCAGCAGGUGAGGAGGAAGUGGGACAGCUUUGUCACCAGCAUCCCCAACGUGACCUUGAGUCGGCCGGCCUCCCCGAAGCUCCCACUGGACAGCAGCUAGAGGUGCUGGAAAUAGGGUGGACCUUGCUGCGCCCCACGGGACCUGCCUCUUCAUGGCUCUGGAUGGUCGGCCUCUGUCACCAGCUCUUGGGAGCCUCCGUGUUGCUGUCCACCUUGGCUCUGUCCCUCCCACCCCAACCCCAGCAGAGACCCGGUGGGGCUGAGGAGAAGGCUCUGCUCUGCCCUUGGACGAGGAAGCGGUGAAGGUUGGGGAACUUGCUGGGAGUUGGGGGCGUGGCGCCCCAGCCCCACACAAGACCUGUGCCCGCUUGAAGACAGAGCUGGGUGAAGCCAGACCCGUGGCUGAGAGGCUCUUGGACCCCACCCAGUGUCAGGGACAGCUCCACCUGCCCUUCCGGUCAGUGGUGCUGGGCCAGGGCACAGGUGUCCCUCACAGAUGUCAGCCCUGGAGCGCAAGGACCGUGUCUGGAGGAUCCUCAUUGUUGGGCACUCUGUGACAGAGAGGCCUGUGACCACGUGUGGCCACAUUCCGGCCUCACGGUAUCCUGAUGAAGGAAGCAGGGAGGCCUUCCUUCCCAUGUGACAGAGGGAAACUGAGGCAGGGGGAUUCAUUGUUUGGGGGUACCUAGCCCCACACUGCACCCCCACCCGGGGCCCAAAUUUGGGGUUGUAAUAAAGACGCUGAGCUGAAGUGAA